AUGCAUCACAGCCGGAAAAAGUCGGGCCACGGUCUGCCCAAUUCCUCUGCGACCGACGUGCGAAAAGCAGUUACCGCAACCGAUCCUGCGAAGUACAAGAGGCCCGUCAUGACACGAAGGCACACACCACAAAAACUCGGCCGCAGUCAGCGCGAACGUGAACGGGAAUGGACAGAGUCUUGGGAAGAUGAGAGGGAGAGUUUCCCACAAUUUUGUAUGACGUGCGAAAAGCAAUUCAUCCCCCAUGACGACAUGUUUCUUUACUGCUCCGACAACUGCCGCAGAGUUGAUCAGACGGCAUCGUCACAGCCCAGCUCUUCGGUCCGUCAUUACGCGUCCUCAAACUAUCCAUUCCAUUCUGCGGGAAACUCGGAGCCCAAAGACAUCAUCCCUCGAGCAUCUCCUUCACGGCCCAGCUCCAUGAUUUUGAGUUCUCCACCAGCCACUCCGGGAACCGGAGCACCGAAAUUCCAACACACUUCGGCCAUUUCGGCUCUCCGUUCUCUCAAUGUCCGGCCUCCGAGCCCUCCGUCGCCUACAGGCAGCUCCAAUAACCUGUGGCCCUUUAGCCGCAGUGCAGCAACCAGCCCAUAUAGCUCGUACAGCCGGCCUUCUGCCCCAUAUCUGUCAUCGACAUAUGACGGGGGUUACUACGGUGCUGGAGGUAGUGGAUACAACUACGAGGCAACUUCAGGCGGCAUGGAUCGGCCACUCCCUUCUCGCCAUCCCAGCACCUACUCUCGGCCCAGAAGCAUUGAGCUGGUGACACCCAUGGUCAGUAGAUGA